AUAUGAUGUAAAUCUAGCUUAUAUAUAACCAAUAUAGUGUUAUAUUUUUAUAUUAUCAACAUUUAAUACGAAUUCAACCGUAAAUGGUAUGCGAUAGUGUAAAAUUAACAACAGGUUCGACACAUCAUCAUGGCUAUGAGAAUUAUUUCCCGUAAUUUUAUCAAUCGUUUGCCAAAAAAUACUCAAAAUUUUUCAACUUCCACCAAACUUUAUGCUGCAUCAGUUUUGAACAAAUAUGAGUUCAUCAAAGCAGAAAAAGCCGGUGAAAAACAGAAUGUUGGCCUGGUGACCCUCAACAGACCCAAAGCUCUCAAUGCUCUUUGCCAGCAAUUAAUAACAGAAUUGAAUGACGCCAUGGAAAAGUUUGAUUUAGAUGAAUCAAUAGGAGCUCUUGUUUUAACUGGAAGUGAAAAAGCAUUUGCAGCCGGCGCGGAUAUUAAGGAGAUGGCAAGUAAUACAUUCGCUGGAAACUUGAAGGGAUCAUUCUUACAAAACUGGAGCGAUAUUUCUAAAAUCAGAAAGCCGAUUAUCGCUGCUGUUAAUGGUUAUGCUUUAGGAGGUGGCUGUGAAAUCGCAAUGAUGUGUGAUAUUAUUUAUGCUGGUGAUAAAGCUAAAUUCGGUCAGCCAGAGAUAAUCAUCGGGACAAUCCCGGGAUCUGGUGGCACUCAGAGACUUACCAAAGCUAUUGGAAAAAGUAAAGCCAUGGAAAUGGUUCUGACUGGUAAUCAGAUAACUGCCCAAGAAGCUGAGAAAUUUGGUUUGGUCAGCAAAAUAUUCCCAGCAGAUCAAUUGAUCAACGAAGCAGUUAAACUAGGUGAAAAAAUAGCCGCUAAUUCACAACUAUCAGUGGCUUUAGCUAAAGAAGCUGUUAAUAAAGCAUUCGAAUUGUCACUCCAAGAAGGGCUGAACUUUGAAAGAAGAAUGUUCCAAGCGACUUUUGCUUUGGAUGAUCAAAAAGAGGGUAUGUCAGCAUUUAUUGAGAAACGUCCACCGAAAUUUAAAAAUAAUUAAGAUUUUAUAAAUAUACUAUGAAAGUAAAAAUUUUUUAUACGAUUGUUGUGUAACAGUGAAAUUUUUUAACUUUUUAAAAAAAUACAAGUUUAAAUUGAGUAAAUUUUUUUGUUCAUCUUCAUCAAACCUUCAUAUUUAUGAGAAGAAUCAAUAAUUUUUUUUUAAACUUUUAGCUUAUAAUAAUCUUUUUUAAAAUUUUUAAAUAUAUAUAAAUAAUAUUAAGUAUGCGUAUCACAGACAAGUUUCGUUCGUAUCAGUAAAAUCACACGAAUAUGAUUAAAAACUUAAUUAUCAAUUUAAAA